CUGUCUCGGCGUCGCAGCACGCUCCCUUCCGAGCUCUCUGGGAAGGUGUACAGUAUCAUGAUUAUCUGAGUGGUAUGUCCGCACGACCGUACUCUGUGACACUCACGUUUCUUAUGAUCCAGGUUCCUUCGCUCGAUGGAUGUCCCGUACAGCAUCUCUGUUCGGAUGAAUACGAGCACACUCGGACACAGAACGGGCAACGCACUCGACACGUCGUCUCGCCGCUCUCAUCUUCAGAAUAUCUAGGUCAGGCAAGGACAAGGGAAACGAAAUCCGAACCAACGUUACCCUCGCUCGGCUCGUUCGCUCGCUCGUCCACCCCCGCAUACAUCAAGCACAGCGCGAGCCUGCAGUUCACUAACGCCAGACAAACGGAUCUGCGCGGCAGGGAGAUGGGGCCCGGGCGAACCACCCGCGAUGCGAAGCGUGAGAAAAUGAACCGCAACCAAGAAGUGGUCGAACCAUCCACGCGACCGGAGGUUCCGCGUCCUCGAUAUCUGUGUCAUCGCCUACGGAUUAGGGCGCGUGCGUCGAAUGAGCUGGCUCACUGCAUGGUUGAGAGCGGCGGUGCUCUCUGGAUUCGGGUGGAUGCUAUCAAUGGAGGAUCUUGAACGCGUCUAUUGUACGCUCACGGUAUACUUUCGCUUCUCUGCAACGACGGCGGGUGGACGCUCCAUUAUUGAGACCGUCACCGUUUACUCGGCCU